UUAAUUUUGGUAGUGUAGAUGUUAGGAACUUUGCACAACCUACCCUUAAUGCAGCAGUGGCAAGCAUCAUCCUCAAUCAUUAUGGCUUUACCUAUUGUAACCACUUAAAUACAGAUCUUUGUGGUACAUGUUGCUCGGCAGAAGGAGUUGCUACUCCAUUUGGAGGUAGUUGCAUGGUUAUUGGUAGAUACAACUGUGGUCAAUUAAUACAUAACAACAAUUGUGUAUUCGGGGGUUUUGCCUGCCCAUGUAGUGCUGCAUCAGGCUAA